AUGCCGCCCGCCGAGGACGCCUCCGCUGCCGCCCCCCCGCAGGCGCCGACUCCGCCUCCCGCCCGUGGGAUGGCGGUCGGCUCGAGGCUGCUGCUGCAGUCGCCGCCGCCUGCGUUCCCGCUCGGCUCGAGGCUGCUGCUGCAGUCGCCGCCGCCUGCGUUCCCGCUCGGCUCCAACGACGACCAGCUCGAGCGCGCUCGCGCUCGCGCCAUGGCCCGCGCGGCCUCCGUCCGUCGACGCUCCCUUGCCGCAUCUCUCGCGCCCAAGACCUCGCAUCCCAACCUCCUCAACCGGGACGAGGUCAUGGACCUAUUCCAUAACUGCAUCAAACUCGCCUCGGAGAACAAAAUCAACCAGAAGAAUACGUGGGAGCUGGGGCUCAUCGACCACCUCAGCGAGAUCAUCCAUGCCGGGGAGGAGGAGGACGACGAGACCAACUUCCAGAAAGCUAGCUGCACGCUAGAGGCUGGCGUCAAGAUCUAUUCUCUGCGUGUGGAUUCGGUGCACUCUGAGGCGUACAAGGUGCUUGGUGGGAUCAACCGCGCAGGAAGGGGGGAAGAGGCUGAUUUGGGAGAAGGUGGCGAUGCAGAGCCUGCACAAGAAGAAGGCGUCAACAAAAAGGAUGUUGAUAGGAGGAUUUCACCUGCUUCGACGCUGGAGUCCUCGUUUGAGGCUCUUAAUGUGAAGAAGUUUGAUGCUGCCUUCACGGUGGAUCCUCUAUACCAUCAGACCACUGCUCAGUUUGAUGAAGGUGGAGCAAAGGGGCUCUUAUUGUAUAAUCUUGGAGUAUAUGGCAGUUGUUGUGUGCUUUUUGAUUCGUUUGAAGCGCCAGACAAAUGCAUCUUAUCUGAUCCUGAGAAGGCUGAGGUGAUUGAUCUUUCAUUUGCUAAAGAACAAAUUGAGCAAAUGAUAGUUCACAUGCCUCUAUCCAAUGACAUCUCUCCUACCUUGAGGGAUAUCGUGGCUCAGUUUGAUGAAGAAAAUAAAAGGCCAUCACAUGAUGCAUCUUCCGGGCAAAUGCUGGUGAUGGAAGAUCAGGUGGUUGACAGUAAUGAUGACAGCAUGCCACCUGAUUGUGGAACUUGGGAUUUUGGUGGUUGUGAUGAUCAGGACAGUGCAUAUGAUGAAAACUGCAACCCAAUGAAUUUCAACUCAACAAACUAUGAAGAGGGAACCGAUGACUGUGAGUACACUUUCCAGGGUCCAGACGGUCCUGAUGUAGAUGAAAGGCUCGAGAAAAUUGCAGAUUUGUUGUCACUCGGCGCGGGAUUCUCUUCCAAAACAAAUGCUUGGGCUGGACCCGAGCAUUGGAAAUAUCGAAAAGUUAGAGAUCUGGAGCCUGCCCAAACUUCUUCUGGUGAUUUGGAAGUAGCAAAAAAGGCAAAGAAGAAGAAAGGCAAAGAGGAGCCUGAUAUUGAUUUCACCAAAGCAUUGGAACAUGAGAAGGCAAAUGUUUUUGCACCUCCCAAGAACCCAAAAUCAUUGUUGCUGCCUGCAAAUAAGGGUAGCUGCAACAAUAAACUUCCAGAGGAUUGCCAUUACCAACUCGAAAGCCUUGUUAAAUUAUUUCUUCUUCCAGAUAUUUUGGUAAUGCUUACUUCCAUGAAAAUUAUUCUUGAUACGGGCCUAGGAUCGGCUGUAAUAACUGUGCGCCUUUUUUUGCAGUGUCUGGCUCGGAGAAGAAGAAAACCACUUGAUGAUUCAAGGGACAACAGCGAUGACUUUAUGCCAUCCAGACCUUGGGAUGAUGAUGACCUGGGCAAUGAUCAUGUUGAUGAAGGGGAUGCGGCUAGUGAUGUGGAAGAGCCAGUAAAUCUUAUUGCCAAACCAAGACAGGUCAAUAGGAUCGAUGUACAAUAUGACAAGGUAUCGAAACAAGUCGAUGUUCAUGCCUUAAAGGAAGUGCUCUGGAAUCACAUUCAUUCAUCUGCUAAGACUGCUGAUCUGGAAAGAGAUGGCAUAGAAUCGUCUCUGUGCCUGACGAAGGUACUGCAUGAUCUUCCAUGCAGUAACAGAGAUGUUUCAACGACUGAAAUCUCGCAACACCUCUAUUUCAUUUGUCUCUUGCAUCUGGCAAAUGAACACAGCUUGACGCUGCGCGACUGCCCGACGUUGGAUGAGAUCGACAUAUACAUUCUGACUUCACCGCUUGUGAAGUAA